UCUGUACUUCAAGGCUGUGUGCUCGGUGAGAAUGUGACCGUGGAGGAAAGCUGUAAACUGAAGAAUUGUGCUGCCGCAACCGGACAACGAGUUCCGGCGGAGACCGUUCUCGAAGCCGAGUUGCUCGGUUUUACCGAUCCCGAACUGAAGGGUGAACAAACGUGA